AUGAGAGCUUUGCCUUGGCUGUGCCUCCUUGUUGCUGCCGCCGAUCACUCCUGGUGUCAGGUGAAGAAUGGCAAGUGCACAGGGCAACGCCGCAGCUUCAAUGGGUCAAGUAGCAGCAGCUACAGUGACAGUGCACGGCACCUGGAUCUAUGGGAGCGAGUCAUCGAUUACCCAGAGGUUCAAAAGACCAAUGGUAUGCGCCUUGCUGAUUGGGAUCUUGAUGGCGACCUUGAUAUCAUUGUGGCUGACAGGCUAAAGACCUGGGAUGAAGACAGCGACCAGCCGUGGCAGCUUUCGGUGUUGGAGCAGUUGGCCAAUGGCAGUUUCAGACCGCAUCGAACUGCUAUAGUCGAUUUGGACAAUUUUGAAGUGGCGGAUUGGGAUUCAGAUGGGAAGAUGGAUGUUCUGGUGUGCCACGCCCAGAAUGAGCAUGUGAUCGUGAGUCGGCUUGAUUUCUCGCCCUCAAGCCCAGAAGUCAUCCUCAAUACAAGUCGUGUUUUGCCGUCGGAUUCGAGAGCUUGUGGAUUCAAGAUGCAUGCAGUUGAUUUCGAUCAUGAUGGCGAUCUCGAUCUGAUUCUGGGCCAGGACAAACGGUCCAUUGGUGUGUUAUUUGAGCAUAUCUCACCUCCGCGGUACUUUGAGCGUAUCUCACCUGGAGAGGUGAUAGAGCGUCAGAGCCCGAACCCAAUAGCUGGGAUGAUCACAAAGAAUGAGUCCGUUCGAUUGGAAAAGAUCGUGGAUUUCGACGGUGAUGGACGCGUCGAUGUGCUGCUGCGGGUCAACCUGAGAUGUCAUUAUGGCUGCAGAUUCGACAUCCUAUAUCUUCAUCAAGCUGCUGAUGGCACUUUCGUGGAGCCGAUUGAUAACCCCUUUGCGGAUUUUACCAUUUCUGACUCGGUUGGCGAGCAAAGCAUUGAAAUUGCGGACUGGAACUUGGACGGUUUGCCAGACCUAUUUCUCAUCGAGACUUGGGUUUUGGGAGAUUCGCGGGGUCACGCACGCUACUUUGAGCAGGUCGUCCACCAGUCGGUGCUUUCUCAUUCUGACUUCAACCCAUUCAGGUACAUAGAUUUAAAGCAUUGUGAAGAGCUGCAUGUGGCAGAUGUGAACAGUGAUGGUCAGACAGAUCUAGUCAUCGCUCAUAACGAUUGUAAUGGUAUUUGGGGCGACACAUUUUCCUCUGCCUCUGCACGCGACCCUUCGAAACUGCGCCUCUAUUUGUAUGAAACAGGCCUGAACAUGAAAGAGGUGACUGGAGCCUUCCAGAAUGUGACGGAGACUGAACUGGGCCCGUUUCGCGUUGCCCUGGUGGACUGGGACCAGGAUGGUGAUUCCGACUUGCUCGUAGCUGCGUUUGAUGGGCGUGUGCAUUACCACGAGAUGAUCGAAGGAAAAUGGCAAGAAGAAACGGAGCUCGCUGUUUCUGCAAACGUUACGUUUCCUGUCCCGCCUUUUCCACAGUAUUCACGUUCUGCACACCUCAUGGUGCAGCCUGUUCCUGUUGACUGGGACAAUGAUGGUGACAUUGAUUUAGUGCUUGGCCCAGAAGGUUGGUAUUGGGAGCGCCUGGCAGAUGGAACUCUGCUCGAAUACCCCUUGGAGCAAAGCCCUUUCCGCAAUCUGUCCCAACAUAAAAGUGCAGCAUGGCGCUUUGUCGAUUGUGACCUGGAUGGUGACUGGGACGUGGUAGUGGCACACGUGUCGUAUUCGACCAUGUGGGCAUGCGAACACAAGGGUAGUUCCCUCAAGUGUGAUCCGAAUUUUAGAUGUCUGGGCAUGAAAUUGACCGACUUUGGAACUGAUAAGCAUGGGCGUGUUUACUCCUUUGACUUUGCCGACAUGGAUGGUGAUCAGCGGCCUGAGCUUGUGGCUAUGCAACGUCGAGACAGCCGGAUUGGUUUGUGGAGUGCUGGGUUUUGCACGCCACCAGACGCAUGUCACAAGAAGGGCAUUUGCCAACCACAUUCCGAGGCCUGUGCGUGCAUUGCUGGCCAUGAGUUGCAUGAUUGCUCUGGUUGCGAGCCGCAUUUCUAUUCAAUCCUCAGAGCUGAAAUCGGGCACUUGCACGACUGCAAAGCAUGUCCCGGUGCAGGUGGUGAGGUCUGCCAUUCUCGAGGUGUUUGCUUCGAUGAUUCCAGGGCGAAGGCUUUGGCGGAAAGCUCGACUGCUGCCUUUAUGGCCAUCGGCAACGGCUCCUGCAACUGUUCCGAAGCACAUUUUGGAGGCGUUGAUGAAGCAGGUAGACAGAACUGCCUAGAAGGCAACUGCCCUGCUGGCACGGAAGAGAAUGAUGGACAGUGUCAUCCUUGCCGUCGAGGUUACAUGUCGACUGAGGGAGGUACUUGCCGCGCAUGCGCGCAAGGAACCUUUGCUUUGCGGAAUGGUAGCCAGUGUGAGAGUUGCCCAGUUGGAAUGGUUGCCGAGAAAGCAGGUUCUUCAGCAUGUUCGGCUUGUCCUGCAGGAAAGUAUGAGAGGUUGCGUCAGUUUUGUUCCGACUGCUCUCCUGGUACCAUCUCGGCUGCCGGUAGCCAGUGUGAGAGUUGCCCAGUUGGAAUGGUUGCCGAGAAAGCAGGUUCUGUAGCUUGCUCGGCUUGCCCGGCAGGCAAACACGAGGAGAGGCGUCAGUUUUGCUCUGCUUGUGCCCCUGGUACCAUGUCGGCUGCUGGCAGCAGCUCCUGCACAACAUGCAAGGCAGGCUUUCAUGCUGCAAGCCCGGGCAGCAGUGCAUGCGAAAUCUGCGCAGCUGGCACUUUUUCAGAAGAAGGGAGUCCGAAGUGUGCUUCGUGUUCUCCGGGCACUGUCUCAGAAGCAGCGAGCGCAACUUGUAGUCCAUGCAAAGCUGGGCAGAUUGCGCGAAAUUCCUUGACCUGCGAAGCAUGCCCGGUUGGAACCUAUGCUCCUGAGCGCAGCACCUUAUGCCGGGCCUGUCCCCACAGACAUGUCUCUGGAGCAGAAAGUUCUUCAUGUCAGCUGUGUGAGAGCAUCUUGUUCAGAGUACUUCCUGAUGACCGAAGAGAAAGAUGCACUGUGUCUCCUUUGGAUAUCGCUUUUGCCCUGACUGCUUGGAUGGCCCUUACCUGUUUCGUCAUGUCUUUCUUGGUAGGGUGCUACAGCAAGCUAGCAGUGGAAGACUUAUCUGUGCAGGGCGAGAAGUUGGCGGUGACAACUUCGCUUCCACAUUGUUUCCUGCGAUGGGACUGGGCAUCUCCUGAAGUUUAUUUCACUUGCACUGGGGUUCCUGACCUGGAUGGAGCAAACACCUGGAAGGGCAAAACUCAGAGCAUUGAUGAACUAAGCCUACAGAGUGAGAAGAGCAUUGAACGUCAGUUGGACACCUCCAUGGGCUAUUUGCAUGUGAAGUUCCCCAUGGCUUUCAUCAUGAUGGGCCUCUGGGGCGUUCCGCUGGUGUUCUGGUGCGCGCUGUUCUUGGGCGCCAGUGUGGCGUGCCUCAGCCAAUUACUUUGGCCCUUGAUUCUGGUCGUUUGCUGCCUUGGCCUUAUUGUGGGCGCUUUGGCGUUUUUCGCUUGGCGCAGGCGUGGCCGGCACACCUCUCUGGCGAAACGUCGCCGACAGUUCCUGCGAGAUGUGUCGGGAGGGCCUCAGCCGUGCGAUCGGGGACCGCAGCGUUCGAUCACGGCAGGGAAGCUUCAGGAUUUUCUUCAGUUCUUCCAAGCCUUCAUCAAAGAGCGCUCGAUGUAUUACGUCUGCGGUAACAUCGUGAAGCCUCUCACCGAGCCUUUCCAGGUGUCAUUUGUGGAGUUGGUUGGCCCAGUGAACAUCCAAUGGUUCAUCAGUCACAGCUGGCAGAUGGCAGUACGCCAUUUCAGUGAUUCCAUCUUCAAGCAUGCGCAGUCCUAUCAGAAAUCCUGGCGAGAGUCAGCUUACUGGAUUUGCACUUUCAGCAACAGCCAGUGGCAUGUGAAAGCUGAGUUGGGCAACGGACGUUGGCAACAGUCCUCCUUCUACCUCUCGCUCAUCAGUCCAGAUUGCAAGGGCACAGCUAUGAUCAUUGAUGAGCUCGUGCAGCCUUUACAAAGGAUUUGGUGUUUAUUCGAGGUCUACCAAACCAUUUGCUUGUCGCGCAAUGGGCGCUCGCAGGGUCUCCUCCUGUGCACAUCCACUGGCGUCUUGCAAGAGGGCAACGCAGGUACAGAUGUGGCCGUGGCCGUGGCUCGAAAGAUUGCUCACCUGGACACCCGGGUGGCAGAAGCAACCAAUGAAGCAGAUCGCAUGAUGAUCCACGCGCUGAUCGAGCAAAUGCCCGGAGGUUUUGAUGCCAUGAAUUCUUUCGUGAGAGAAACCAUUUCAGAUGCUCUGAAAAGUUCACACCUGCAAUACGAAAAGGCCUUUGCCGACCUUGUCCAUGAUUUGAACGACCGACCCGUGUCAACAUCAGCUCCUCCCCUGCCGACGCUGUUGACCACCCAUGCUGGGAUGGCGGGGCCUGAGCGUCAGAAAGACAACGGCUAGGGACAGAUUGAGGCGGGUGGGUUUUGCAACAAGAAUUCACGGUCCAGAAGUGGCCUGCCAGUACCUUGUUGGAUUUGUUGGCAAUUCAAUUGGCAAAGUCCAGGGUUUUAAAUCUUGACCAUUUUGACUGAUUCUGUACAUACGCCAACUUAUCAACUUUCGAGUGGGGUUCAAUCACAAGAUAUUACACGGAUUUUUGUCCAGGCGUUUUAAUUUUUAAUUACCUUGUGCAUUCUUCAAGUGCGGUGCCUGCCAAAAAAA